AUGUUUCUUAUUUUCUUUCAUAAACUUCUUCUUUUCAUAUUUCAGCCUACAACAAAUGGAGGAUCACCGUCUCCCGAGGCCCCUUCCUCUAAUGCAUUUGAUAUCGAAGCACAACAGAAGGCCUUCCAAAGGUUUACCUCCAGUCUGGGAUUAGGAGGCUUCCGUUCCGCUUUCAAUAUGAAUGUUUUACCGCCAUUUCUUGCCGCUCUACAGCAAAAUCCGCUAGCGUUGCAGCAGCAGUUACUCGGUCUAACUAGUGGACUAAGCGGAGUAUCACCAGGCCCAGAAGAUGAAGACGAGAAUGAAAAUAGCGCAGCAACUGAGCCUGAGGACUUGACGAUGAGUUUCCGGAAAGACAGCAAGUCAGACGAUCAACACGGUGAAGGUGGAGGAUCCUUGGGCGGAGGGCCGUCUUGGUCUUAUGAGGAGCAAUUUAAGCAGUCGGAAUACAUUGUGAAAUACAGUAAUACUACACGAUAG